ACACCUAACUGCCAAAAGGAAGAGGAGGAGGAGAAGAAGAAGCAGCCACGCCCUUUCAUGCCACCUGCAAAGGCUGAAAGCGUGUGCGUCAUCUAAACAGGUUAAAAGCAUGAUGGUAAAAGUUUGACUUUGAGUAGCUGCAAAUGAAAUAAACCUGUGCAGUCUUCUAAACCUUUCAGACGCUUGAGCCCCUCCCAAUGGAAGCCAAAGGAAAGUUUGACUUUAAUGCAGUAACAGAUGAUGAGCUGGGCUUCAAACAGGGCGACAUAGUCAAGAUUAUACGUUAUGACAACAUCUGGUGUAAAGCAGAGAUGAAUGGACAGGAGGGGCUUGUGCCACGUAACUUCCUUGACAUUCAUUUUCCAAGAUGGUUUCGGGAGGAUGCCACUCGUGGAGAUGCAGUGGAAUUCCUGAUGAACAAACACGUGGGAGAGUUUGUGAUCCGAGGGUGUCGGACCAGCCCCGGAAACUUCUGCAUUUCUGUCAAGUAUGAGCAGGGCAUGAUGCAUUACAGAUUGCUGAGGGACAAGAGAGGUCAUUACUUCCUGUGGAGCGAAAAAUUCACCUCUCUGAACAAACUGGUGGACUUCUACAAAACCAACUCAAUCUCCAAAAGCAGGAUAAUCUACCUCAACGUCAAUGGGAGCCUGGACCAAGGCGGCCCCUCCGAUGAUCAGCCAACUACGUCUUGUUUUCAAGUGAUGGCGAUGUGCGACUUCCCUGCUAUACAAGACGACGAGCUUGGUUUCAACGCAGGAGACGUCAUUGAGGUGCUGGAUAUGUCUCAUCCUUUUUGGUGGAAAGGGAAGCUGAAAGGAAUUAUUGGACUGUUUCCUGUAAAUGCCACGAGACCACUGUGAGGAAAUCCACCCCUGAUGCUUUUACUACACCUGCUUACACUCGGACUCGGCCUGCAGGUGCACCUGCCCUCGAUUAAGAGUUUCUAAACCUUAAUGAAAAGCAGGCUUUUAGAUAAUAUGCUGCACAUCAGCCUUCAACCAGAGGAGUGAGUCAGUACAGCUUUUUAUCUACAAACGAGCAGAAUAAUGAUGAAUGUCUGCUCAUGUUUUAACACAUGGAUGUAUGCCCUACACACACUUUUUUUUUUUAACCUUUUAAAUAAAACAUUUUAUGUCCAAGAUUAAA